CACAAGUACAUGUACAUGACGCCCGCCACAUUUAACCUAUAUACAGAUAAACAACACAAACACACAAACGAUAUUACGCUUAGUGACACUGGAAUACUGAUAUUGACCACGCUGGCACUGUGUGAUUGAUACAACUCUACAACGUUAACUGACUGACAACAAAAACUUUGUAAUAUUACACGCGAGAUGUGGCUGUUGUGGUGAAUUGCCUCCCUUGAAUAUAGUACAGUCGAUAAAACGAACACAUGCACACGGUCUCUGAACGAGAGUGAAAUAGCGACGACCCAAGCCGGAAGAGUUUCAACUGUUUCCGAUUCACGGAUUGUACCAGUCACACAGCGAUGUCUGAAUGUAUAUGAAUGGUUAUUCUCUAAUGACAGCAGCGGCAGGGAUGAAGCAGCCUCUGCUCACUGUGUGCAUCUUGGCCAUCUUUGUUCCUAGUGUGUUCUGUAAGAGUGUUCCAUCCUGCGCUCCUGGUCAGAUACAGUACGAAACUGUGUGCUGUGUGCCAAUUGAGACCCCGAACUUCUGUGGACUACAUUUUAGAGUUCAGCGAUGUAUAGAAGAUGGUGAACCUGAUACCUGUGUUAAGUGUGAACGUGGUCUGGUGAAGUUGUUCAACUCUACCUCAGAACCGAAGAGGAUCGCUGCUACCGGCUCUAGUUUGUCCUGAAGAAGCAAGGCUAUCUUCGUCCAAGAUUGGUCAGUGUGAAUGUGAUCAGUCACGCUGUUACUAUGGAGACCAAUUCGAAUGUAGGCAUUUCCGCUCCAAAUGCAAAGAAAACACAUACCACAAGAAUGGAGCCUGUGUUCCUUGUCCGGAGGGUACCCACCGUCCAGGUGUUGGAUGUGGGCCGUGUCAGCUGAUGUCCUCACUUGCGAGCUCAGUCAACAAUAUCAGUGUACCCCAUCCGAACUCUGCCAAAUCUCCAUCAACUGUACCGACCAAAUCCCCCACGCCUGGUUUAACCGUUACAAAAAAAGACAAUGUUCCCGAGGUUGAUGAAGAAGUUGAAGCAGGGUCACUACCUGGAUUCCCAACUUGGGCAACCGUCCUCAUUACUCUUGUUGCACUCAUCUUGAUUGCCAUAAUAACAAUUUUGGGAAGUAUGUGGUGGUUCAGAAGAUUGAGAACUAAUGAAACAGGUCCCACGCGAAUGCCGUCCAAUUCAUCCAUCUCCCGUGACAGUACAGACAGUGGUGGCGGCCAUCCGUCUACUCAGCCCCCACCCUACUCACAGAUCAAUCACACAAGUGGGAGCCAAGAUCAACCAUGUCCAAACAACGAGAACACAGGGUAUUGCAAUGGUGGCACCCCUGAAAGAUGCCCUAAUCAAAGAGCUAGACCAUUUCAGAAUUGCCGCUACGACACACCAUCAGAACAUCCCAUCAAUUAUGCCAGUCUGUCAUUUGAACCAGGUCAGCAAUCAUCAACCUCCUCCUUUCAUCUGUCAUCCAAUGGGUUCAGCUCCGGAUCAUCUGGACCGCUGGACCGUGUCAGUGUGCCUGGACAAGCUCCAGAUCAAACAGACAAGAAAGUUGCAGCAGGUGGUCGAGAGUCGGCCGGAGAGAAUCAAAGAGUGGUGACGAAGCCACCAUCAGGUGUUGUCCCUGUUGGUGAGGAGGAGGAGGAGGAGGAGGCUGCACUGUUGAGAUCUGCCCCGAGUCUUGACCCAGACAGCAUCAAGGACAGUCAGUAGAGACGACAGUGUACUGAAGAGAGGUGUAUUGAUGUGUACUGUGAUGAGUAUUAAGAUGUGUCACCUCAGACAUGAACUAUAGAUGUCACAGUCACAAACAAUUUUUCAAGUAUGAUAUGAAAACACCCUGACGGUUGUUUUUCCACAUGUUGUGUUUGUGAAGUCAUUCCCAUGUCUAAGUCAGUUGUUUCUUGUUUAUGUUUUGUUUGUUUUUUUAUGUUUAUGAGAUUUUUGCUGAUGGUGGUUGGGGAUUUUCUGAAGUAUCUGCUGCCUCCUUACGAUCAUGUUAGUUCUCACUUCAGCUACAGCAGUGCUGCAGCCAGACUGCGUAAAGCGGGAUUCCCGCUAAUUGUACUUACCUUGCCGCUUUAUUUAUAAAUGUAUUCGCCAAUAAUCGCACAAAUUUAUAAUUUAUGACGCCUGUUUAUAUACACCCUGGAUACCGGGAUACAUUGGUUUUUGCGUAAAUCGUCCAGAUAACUGAAUAUCCGGAUAUCUGGAUUUCUGUCAUCCAAGUGUUGAAAUGGUAGCAAGCAUAUACGUCUGGUUUAAAAUCACUUCCAAAACAGUGUGGUCAUUUUGAUUUGCCAAUUACAAUUCACUCGGUGUCAGAUAGGCCUACAAAUCACCACCAAUACCGUGCCGAUUGGUAAUUAAUCCGGAUUAGCAGACCUUUAUACGUGUCAAGACACUUGGGACUCUUGCGCUUCACUACACACGGUCAGCAGAAGAUCAAAGCUUCGUGCGGAUAAGUGAGUCAAUUUUGUGUUGAUUUAGCUGGUUGGUUAGUUUACCGUCCGGGAACGGAAACCGCAUAUCUGUUAUAGACAGUCACUUUUAAACCGGAAGAGAUUGUUUUAUGAUGAAAAUUGACAGGAAGGCAAGGUUUCCAGAUAUCUGCGGGGAUAUCCGGGGUCUCGCUGUAUCGGCGUGUAAUUAAUUUCAAAUUAUGACUAUUUUCAUUAAAAGCGAUGUCAAACAUUCAGAAAUCAAAGCCUAAAUAUUGAAAUAGAAUUCAAAACAAAGCUUCCUAUGCUCAGCACAUGCUAGUACGUCUAUGUGCAUACAAAAUUGUAAUUUGAACUGCUGUAAGGAGCUAGUUUCGCUGUACGGAGCUCGAUUUGAUGUGUGAAGUUUAUCAUCGAAUCUCUUUGGCUGUCAAAAUGUCAGAGAAGGAUUACAGAUUUUUCAACAGCUGGCAAUAGGCCCACAUUUUCUAAAACUGGCCCCUUCCAAUGAAAUUCUGUUUGCAGCACUGCUACAGAAGGAGAGCUCAGGGCAUCCCACAGGUCGUGUCACAACGACCUUUUGUGAACUUUGCCCAACCAAUGAAAUGACUGACAAGUUCACGCUAGUGACUUCCAACCCAGAUUAUGCUUGAGAAAAUAUAGAAUGAAAUUUUGAAAUGUGAACAAAAGAACAUUGUAUAUACUCAUGGAAACAAAUAAGGGAACACAUGAAAGUACAAGUGUUCCUUUAUUUAUUUCAAGAAUUUCACCCACAGUUCAAUACAUGCCUUGUGAAGAAACCUUGAAAAGAAAUCGGAAAUAAUGAAAUCCUCUUGCCAUAAUUUUACAGUUAUAAGAUUAUUUUCGUGUUGUUAUGCGUAGGCAAACUGUUAACUGGGUAUACGUUAACCCUGCAACUGUUAAAACUGAGAAUGGCAAUACCAAUACUUUGCUGAAAUCAAACGAACAAGAUAAAAUAAAAUCCAUUUUAUGUAUGCAAUCAUAUGGUUAAUAUACUCAUAUGUUUAAGCUGGCAGUGAGGUAGCCCAGGGGUUAAAGCGUUCUCUCGUCUCGCCAAAGACCUGGGUUCGAUUCCCCCCAUGGGUACAAUGUGUGAAGCCCAUUACCGGUGUCCCCUACCGCUGGAGUAUUGCUGAAAGCCGCGUAAAACUAAACUCACUCACUCAUUUUAAGCAACACAUGCAGUCUGCCUUUAUAAGAUGGAGACUUGAAAUCUGAGUGUGCUAACUAACGUACAGUUGGUACCACUGUUACGUUGUUGGUUAUGUUUAGAGACAGGAAGAAGUUUGAGCCAGGCCCAAAAGUGGACUGUGGGAGUAAGACAUUGUUUCUCUGUACAGUGGAAUAUGUCAAAUCCGGACUCUUUGUAAUAUGGAUUUCUCGAUAAUCCAAACUACUCUCUGAGUGCCGGCAAAAUUGUUCUUAAUUUAUCAUUAAAGCUUGCUUUAUAAUCCGGACUCUCUCAAUUACGGAGUACAGACUAAAAUAACAGUCUCAAUAACAAAUAUUGCUACGAGAACAAUGCUUUGUAAUCCGAAAGUAGCUGACUUAAAUAACAGUUCGUCUAGCGAUUUUUUAUUGCAAUUUUGACUGACAAAGUCGUCGUUUCAUGUUUGUUCACACAAGGCGAUACGAUGUCAUUUUCUUACCCCCUGACAAAAAAGUUUGAUGAACGUGAAACUGCUUUCUUUUGUCCUCAAAAUUUGGCUUAUCAUCAUCAGUUGUUGACCUCCCAAUGAUUUGACGUCACUAAGAACACAGCUGACAAUGCUAUGACAUCACGGCAUUCUAGAAGUUAGCGAGUCAAUGAAAAAUACAACUUUAUGGAUAACAACUUCUUGCUCCUUGCAAAGAGCGACAAUUCGGUGUAGGUUUUUAAACCGCUUUAGCUUUAAUCUACACUGAGACGUCACUAUGUGCAAUAAAUAAGAAGUUGUUAUCCAUAAAGUCGUCUGCUUCACUACUCUUGAUCUGUUUGUUGAAGUAUCCUGAAUAUUGCUAUUAGUGAAAUGUCUUGUACAUGUCAGAGUGAGUGAGUGAGUUUAGUUUUACGCCGCACUGAGCAAUAUUCCAGCAACAUGUCAGAAGUCGGUUAUUAUUGUGUGUGGUUUUGGCCUCAACACAGCUCAACACCCACCAGUGCAACUUGUUUUGAAAAACAGAAAUUUUUAUUUGUUUACAUGCAUCAAUGGCAUGUAAACAAAUUCAAAUAUUUGUCUGAUUAACCUUGACUUAUCCACACAUCGCUCUUAGAACACUGUAGAUAGCCUUAAAGCUUCUGGUACCUUAAUUCAUCUCUCAUCCUAGUUCAUACUGACGUAUACCUUGGUAGGAACAAGACGUUUAGCUGGCUGAACUUCUCUUAUCCGUGUUCAGUGCAAUUUUUGUAUGAGUUCAGGGUAUUUGUAUGUGCAAAUGUUCAUUGUAUGUUUUAAUGUGAAUGUGUUAUACAUAUUUGUUGUCACUUCCAAGGAUUUAAGAUUAUAUUUUCUGUGACUCUAAUGACCAUAUCAGCUUGUGUGUAACUUUUAUAUCAAAAUAAUAUUUUAGAAAUAUAUUUCUGUAAAUCAAAUAGAACAUUUUUCAGUUUCUGAGCCAGGAGUUUCUGUGUUGCCAGCUAGGUCUUUGUGUGCAGCUCUAUACGAUAUGAUAUUGUACAUGUGCCUUGAACAGAUUUGCCAGUUUGUAUAUGUGCCUUGAACAGAUUUGCCAGUUUGUAUAUGUGCCUUGAACAGAUUUGCCAGUUUGUAUAUGUGCUUUGAACAGAUUUGCCAGUUUGUAUAUGUGCCUUGAAGGAAUUAUCUAAUUUGUAUGUUUGUCUUUAAAGGUUUGUCCAGUUUCUGAAAGGUUUGUCCAGUUUCUGAAAGGUUUGUCCAGUUUCUGAAAGGUUUGUCCAGUUUGUACAUAGUUCUUGAAAGGCAUUAAGAAGUUGGAUAAACAUCAAUGCAUGACAUGUUUUAAGGAUAACAACCUCUUUUCAUUCUUUACACGACGUUUAAGAGCGAAUUCUUGCUCCUUCAUCAGAUGAAUGAGCAAGAAUUACCCCUGAAAUGUCGUGUAACGAAUAGAAAGAAGUUGUUAUCAAUAAAGCGUGUCAUGUAUUCAGUUUGUACAUGUGUCUGAAAAGCAUUGGCCAGUUUGAAUGUAUGUAAGAUAAGAUAAGAUACAAUAAGAUAAUUCUUUAUCGUCCCAAGGGAAAUUUGUUUUGCAUCAUACGUUCUCCAGUUUUUCAUUCAUAAAGCAGUCAUACAUAACACUGCAAUUGAUAAUCAUGAAAUAAUCAGGAUAUAAUUACAUCAAAUUAGUACACAAACAUAGAUAUUGAAUAGAAUUUGGACAAUUAAAAGACAAGUCAUACACAGAAUUUAUUGUUAAUACAUCUAAUACCAGCUGGAACAAAUGAGUGGCGAACCCUGUUUGUUCUAAAAGUCGGCAUACCCAGCCUCCGUCCAGAAGGUAAUGUUUAAUAUUCAGUAAAAAAGUAUGGAGUAGGAUCACUUAAAAUUUUUUUUGCCUUUUUUGAAAUUUGCUGCUCAUAACAACUGCCGAUAUUUCGAUAGGAAGCCCAAUAAUUUUAGACGCAGUGUUUACGAUUUUUGAGAGUUUGUUUUUAUUCUGAACAGACAGGUUCCUGAACCAAUGUCUUGAAAUGAUUGGCCAGUUUACCUUGAUGGCAUGUCUUAAAAUGGUAGUCUAGUUUGUACAUGUUGUGUUUGAAAGUGAUUGGUCUGGGAUGGGAGAAAGCGUAGAGGGAUUUCACUGAGCAAACCAGAUGUUAUAUAAUAUAGUACUUGUGGGUUAAAGCAAAUGGCCAACCAGUAUAUCCUUGAAACUUCCCGAAAACAGUUAUAGUGUUAAGAGCGCAACGCUCAAUGUAGGCUCUAGACCAAGCCUUAAAAUGCAUGGAAAUAUCCAAAAUAGCUUGAAAAGCUUUGAACCAAUUUUCGCCUAUGUGUGCAAUUAAUAGUUUAAGGGUUAUUUAUUUUAGUGAUAGAUUUGUGUGCCAGAGACCAUUAAGAGUUCAUGACAGACUUAAUUUAUUUUUUUCAUUGUGAAAGUAAAAUGUCUUGCAGUAUAUACACUAACUAUAACAAACUACUCACGACCUAGCUGAAAUGCCUCUGAAAAUGACAGUUAUAGCUUGAAAAGGGCUUGAAUCGUUGGUUAGGUACUUGUAUGAACAUUUUUGCAUUGCUGUAGAAACUAUGAGCUAUGUUAGAGCUUAUGUACAUGUCAAUGGACAUUCAUUGCAAAUAAUAUACAAUCCUACAAAUCUGACAAGUAUCAUUGUUUGUAACGAAAGUCCAUUUGUCUGGCUUAACGCAGCAUCAAGGCAACUGGAUACUGCAAACAAGUCGAACAAAUAUUUUCUGAAUUUUAAAACAGGUCAACAAAUAAAUUUAGAACUAUACACAAACAUGCUUUACAGACAUUUUCUGCUCUUAAUUUGUAAUAAUGAAAAUGUUUAUCGUCAUGCUUUGAUAUGUACCUGCUGUACUUUAACUGCUUAUACUGACUAUGCAUCGGUGCUAUUUCAUUGCUGUCCGUUAUGCACAUCUGUAGAAUGAUUGCACAGAAGCUGAAAAUUUGCAUUGUAAGUAGGUGAGUAGGUUGUUAUAAAUAACCAUCAGUUGAAACAACAGAGUGAUGUAUUUUCAUCGGCGUAAAACCAAACUCAGUCAGUGAUGUAUUUUCAUUUAUUGACUGAAUGAGACAUAACACAGCCAUUAAACGUAGCAUCAUGAAAUUGCAUGAAAACAUGAUGGAGAUCGAGUAGGCAAGCUGGGGUAUUGCACAAACAGGAGUCACAAAUCCAUCAGAGACAGAUUUGGGGCUGAAAGAAAAGUCUGGAUAUAUAUAGAAGGACUAAAUAGUAUUAUCAGUACUGGAAUCUACGGUUAUAACGAAGGUCAUUUGGAAAACAAAUUUUAGGUUGUUAAUGUUGUAGUUUGUUCCACCCAUUUCAACUAAAUGGCACAGCAAGUGUACGGGACCCAAGAAAGUUCAUUGUAUCCAGUUUGUUAUAAGUAUCUUUGGGGCGGUGGGGUAGCCUAGUGGUGAAAGCGUUCGCUCGUCACGCCGAAGACCUGGGUUCGAUUCCCCUCAUGGGUACAAUGAGUGAAGCCUAUUUCUGGGGUCCCCCGCCGUGAUAUUGCUGUAAUAUUGCUAUAAGCGGCGUAAAACUAAACUCACUCACUCACUCACUCAUAAGUAUGUUUUUUUUAGAUGUUGUUUACUGUUUUUCAGUACGCUGCAUUAUCAUCUAAUGGAGGGUGUUAUUGGUGCAAUAAAGCAAUCUGAUAAACUUGGUAUCCAGAUCUGCUAACUAUGCAAAUUACAUCACUCCACGAACUACUGUUACAAAACUCCAUACACGCCAUGCGAAUCCUAAAACGUUUAACAUUUCAUUGAUGACGUCGCGAGUUUACAUUGCGUGGAUGAGUUUGUAAACAAACAUGGCUGC